AUGAGUGAUGAGGAGAUGAGUUACACACGCCCCAGAAAUCAAGAGCUUCCACCAAAGCAGUUCACUUCAAAAGUCAUGAUAUUCACGUUCGAUGACAUUCCCUUCGAAAAAUGGAAUGAUCGACUCGACGAAUUUCAUACAUGGAUGACUUCAAAAGCCAUCACAUCACCCCUAGAGCUUCAAGUCUAUCAGACGACUAUUCCAUUACUUUUGAAAGAAAUUCACAGAGAAUUCAUCGGUACGCCUACUCAUCUCAAAGAACAACUACAAGAAGAGUUUUUCUUGGCAAAGUGUUGUUCGCUCAAGAAGAAGGAUUUGGCUAAACACUUUGAACGCCAAACACGAAGAUAUUAUGCACUCAAUGGUCUCAAUAACCCAAGCUUGAAAGACCAAAGACAAACAAUCGAAGAAAUAUCCAUUGGUCAAAUCCAGCAAUACGUCUUCCGAACACUCGACAAGCUUUGCAAGCAAAAAAAUAACUGCCCAAAAUAUGUGCCAGACCAGACCUAUCAAUCAAGUGUUCUAAAUCCAAGGAGACUUGUUCAUGCGAACCUCGAGGCAAAUCUCGAAGAUUUAGAAAACCGUUCCAAGGACGAUUUAAUAGGUUCAGGCAAACGAAGCUUCGAGAAGACAACGAGAUGCUUUCUAUUCUGUAAGGAAGGACAUUUCGCAAAAAAAUGUCCAAAUAAGUCAAAGAAGAAGAAGCAAUAUCUCAUUAACUCGAUAUCCAGUAUUGCACCAGAUAUCGACCUCGACAAUCAUGACCUAGAGUCUGUUCUAUCAUACGAUAGUGACGAUAAUGAUGUUAUAUGUGGAUACUCAGAUUCCGAUGUUUCAUCUGAAUCAUCAUCCGAAGAAGAAAAAGAUUGUUGCUUUAAAAUCACUGAAAUUCUACGGCAGGAUGAGGUUCAACCGCCACACUUGCCUGUCACGAUCUUUGACCCAUGGAGAAAAGAAGAACCAGUUCAUGCUAUCGCAUUGAUAGACACGGGCGCUCAUUCAUCUAUAGUUCUUCUGUCUUCUAUGUGGCUGCCACACCAACAAGAGUUCCGAGUCGCAAACGCUGGCUCGCUAUCUGUUAAGCUCAAGUCCAAAGCAAUAACCAUAGAAAUCUUCCCAGGAUGUCAAGUUACAACAGAAGUUCUAGGAUGCGCUGGGAAAAGAUCUAAUCAUGGGAUGGGAUACAUAUUAUGCAUUAAAGAAAAGGUUCGAUAUUUUGCUCGAACCACAAGGAAUGAAGUGGAAGUCUUUCUACAAAGCCUUCACUACAUUACCUCGCAUAUUUUCACUUGA